AGAAAGGGGGACAUCAUGCUGGGAGGGAUCUUGUCCUUCCACAGCAGCUGGAGAAACGUGGACCGCGACUACACUGACGUCCCCUCGGCUCUGCUGUGUGAAAGUCUAAAUUUCAGGGCGUUCCAGGAGGCCCAAGCGAUGAUCUUUGCCAUUGAAGAGAUUAACAACAGCUCAUCCCUCCUGCCUGGCAUUACUCUGGGAUACAAGAUCUACGAUUCCUGCGGUUCCAUAGCCAGGGGGGUGAGGGUGGCUCUCGCCUUGGCUAAUGGGAACGAGGACUCAUUCCCGGCCUCAUCCCCAGCCUCUAACUGCAGUAGACCAGCCCAGGUCCAGGCCAUCCUGGGGGAAUCCUCCUCCUCUCCCUGCAUGGCCAUAGCUACCGUCCUGGGGCCCUUCCGUAUCCCUGUGAUCAGUCACUUCGCCACCUGCGCCUGUCUCAGUGACAAAGCCCGCUACCCCUCCUUCCUCAGGACCAUCCCCAGUGACCUCUACCAGAGUCGGGCCCUGGCCCAGCUGGUGAAGCACUUCGGCUGGUCCUGGGUGGGGGCCAUCCGGACCAAUGACGACUACGGCAACAACGGCAUGGCGGCGUUCACGGAGCAGGCGGAGCGGCUGGGAAUCUGCCUGGAGUACUCCGUCUCCUUCUUCAGGAACGACCCCAAGGAGAAGCUGCAGAGGGUGGUGGACAGCAUCCAGGCCUCCUCCUCCAGGGUCAUCGUCUCCUUCAUGUCCUACAUGGACUUGGAGGUGCUGGUUCGCGAGCUGGACCGCCACAACCUGACUGGGUACCAGUGGGUGGGCACCGAGGGCUGGAUCACCGACUCCUACACCGCCACCAUGGAGGGCCACCACGUCCUGGACGGAGCCAUAGGCCUCGCCAUCCCCAAGGCUGAGGUCACAGGCAUGAGGGAGUUCAUCCUGGACGUGAAGCCCCUGAACACCUCCGGUAGCCUGCUGUUCACAGAGUUCUGGGAGGCUCUGUUUGACUGCAGGUUCCAGCGUGCAGCGAGCGGAGCGCAGGGGGUGUGGAGGGAGUGUACAGGGCAGGAGGACCUGACCGGCAUGCAGAACACCUUCACGGACAUGUCGCUCAUGGCCAUCUUUAACAACAUCUACAAGGCUGUGCACGCUGUGGCCCACGCGCUCCACCGUCUGCUGAGCUGUGAGCAGACAUGUGCCAGUCGCAUGCAGCCAGACCCACACACUAUCUUAGAGGAGAUUAAAAAGGUCCGCUUCCAGACCAAAGAGGGAGAGGAGGUGUAUUUCAAUGAGAACGGAGAUCCAGCUGCCAAGUACGACAUCAUCAACUGGCAGCCGAGAGCAGACGGCAGCGUGGGCUUUGUGGUGGUGGGUCUGUACGACGCCUCCGUACCUGCCCACAGACAGCUGACUGUGAGGAACAUCCCUCUGGUCUGGGCCCACAACUCCAGACAGGUCCCUGUGUCUGUGUGCAGUGAGAGGUGUCCCCCAGGAACUCGUAAGGCCGUGCAGAAAGGAAAGCCUCUCUGCUGCUACGACUGUCUCCCAUGUGCAGAGGGAGAGAUCAGCAACCACACAGAUUCUAUAACCUGUGAGAAAUGUCAUUCUGAGUUCUGGUCGAAUGCGAGGAGAGAGAGCUGUGAGAAGAAGGACACAGAGUUCCUGUCCUAUGAAGAGGUCAUGGGCGCGCUUCUGACCUCUGUCUCGCUGCUUGGGACAUGCAUGACUGGUGGUGUGGCGUUCAUUUUCUUCAGGUAUAAGAACACUCCCAUCGUCAGGGCCAACAACUCAGAGCUCAGCUUCCUGCUCCUCUUCUCAUUGGCUUUGUGUUUCCUGUGUUCUCUCACCUUCAUCGGCCGGCCCUCUGAGUGGUCCUGUAUGCUGCGCCACACGGCGUUUGGGAUCACCUUUGUCCUCUGCAUCUCUUGUAUUCUGGGGAAGACUAUAGUGGUGCUGAUGGCCUUCAGGGCUACACUUCCAGGAAGUGAUGUCAUGAAAUGGUUUGGGCCUCCACAGCAGAGACUCAGUGUCCUGGCUUUCACUCUCAUCCAGGUCCUGAUCUGUGUGCUGUGGUUAACAAUCUCCCCUCCCUUCCCCUUUAAGAACAUGGAACACUAUAAUGACAGGAUCAUUCUAGAAUGUGCCUUAGGUUCUGCUGUGGGCUUCUGGGCUGUGCUGGGGUAUAUAGGACUCCUGGCUCUCUUGUGCUUUGUCCUGGCUUUCCUGGCCCGAAAGCUGCCUGAUAACUUCAAUGAAGCAAAGUUCAUCACCUUCAGCAUGUUGAUAUUCUGUGCUGUCUGGAUCACCUUUAUCCCAGCUUAUGUCAGCUCUCCUGGGAAGUUCACGGUAGCUGUGGAGAUCUUUGCCAUCCUGGCCUCCAGUUUUGGUUUACUUUUCUGCAUAUUUAUUCCAAAAUGUUACAUCAUAUUACUCAAACCUGAAAAAAAUACCAGAAAGAGCAUGAUGAUGGGGAAAAAGGCUUUGAAAUCCUUAUGA